CCGCAUCAGCUCUCCGUCUCUUGCGCCCGUCCAACACGAACGGUUCAGGCGACAAAGCAUACAUCUAAACCAGGAAGAGAAUCAUGUCUGGAAAUGGAGGCGAGAAGCGAAAGGCAGACGAAAUGACGGCGGCCGCGGAUGUCGUGGAGGUGCCUCUUGCUGAGCUGAAAGACGUUGCGGAGAAAGGAGUGAGCAAGCUGGGGUACAACGAGGAAGACACCAAGGUCAUCUGCGACAUCCUUAUGUACUCUCAGCUGAGGGGAGGCAACCAGGGCCUGAUCAAGAUCAUCACCCACGGCGCCGACAAGGCUCCGGACUGCGUACCGGCGAAAGUGGUCCACGAGAGCAAGCUGUCUGCCCGGCUGGACGGGGGCAAGACCCACGGAAUGCUGGUGGUGUCCAAGGCCGUCAACAUGGCCAUCGCAAAGGCAAAAGAGCACGGUUUCGGGAUGGUGGGCACGUCAAACACGUCCACCAGCACGGGGUCGAUAGGCUACUACGCCAGAGCGAUCGCGGACGCGGGACUCAUCGCCUUCUGCUUCGCGCAGUCCCCCGAGUUCGUGGCGCCGUUUGGGGCGUACGAGGCUUUGCUGGGCACCAACCCCAUCGCCGUGGGCAUCCCGCGAGAGGAAGGAAAGGAGCCCAUCGUGCUAGACAUGGCCACCGCGGCCUACCCUUUCUUCGGGCUGCUGGAGGCGAAGACGGCCGGGAAGCCCAUCCCGGGAGACGUGGCCUACGACGCGGAAGGGAAUGCAACAACGGACCCCGCAGAGGCCCUCAAAGGCGCCAUCAGAGUUUUCGACAGGUCGUACAAGGGCGGGAACCUGUCCCUCAUUGUCGAGCUGCUCGCCGGUCCUCUCGUGAGGGCGGCCACGACAGACAAGAAGUCCGCCAAGAACUGGGGAAACCUGGUCCUCGCCGUCGACCCGGAGUUGAUGGGGGACAAGGCAGAGUUUGCGGCGGGUACGGAGACCGUUCUUGCGCGCAUCAAGGGCGCCAAGAAACUUCCGGGCGUGAAGGAGAUCAUGCUUCCCGGGGAGGGGGGGUCGGCGCGGGCGGCGGCGGUAUCGGCGUCCGGGGUGGUUAGCGUGGAGAAGAACCUCUACGAGGGGAUGAAGACGGCGGCUGGCCUCUGA